CAGAAGGCGGGCGGGCGGGCGGCUUAUCUGCGGGCAUCUCUGUCUGCGCUUCCCACGACGACGAGGGAGCCGCCUGGACGCCCCAGUCCUGCCCGGAGCCGGCACUGCGGCCGCCCCAGGAUGGGCGUGCGGCUCCGGCUUCGCAGCCCCUGUGGGGUCACUGUGUCCGAGCUGCUGUGGCUCUCCGUCCUCCUCAGCCUGACCAGCUGUGCAGGAGAGGCCUCUGUGGGGCCGACUCCAGACGGGCAGGGCCCCGUCACGGACCUGCAGCUGCACCCAAGGCAGAAGAUGCUGACGUGGAAAUACCGGAGCCCGGUGAGCGCGGGCCUCUGCAGCAUGGACGCCCCACUGAGCCCCGCUGUGAACACCACGCCCAGGGUGCUGGACCAGGACACCUAUUUCUGCGCCUUCCCGUCCUCGGUCCUGCACCGCGGGGCCACGUUCACCGUCUACUCCGUGGUGGCCAACGUCACCGUGCAGCAGACCCUGCUCUUCCGCAACCCAGGCGCGGUCGGAGCCGGGGCCACCAACCUGUCGUGUGUCGUCUACGCCGUGAGCUUCAUGAACUGCAGCUGGGUACCCGGCCGCACGGCCCCCGCGGACACUCGCUACCAGCUCUUCUUCUGGUUCCACCCGAAUGACGCGGAGGCCGAGUGCGCCCACUACCUCCGGGACUCAAAGGGGAUGCACGUGGGCUGCCAUUUCAACCAGCUCCCGGGAGAGCCCAGGACCUCGGAUAAUUACUUCUUCCUGGUCAACGGCACCAGCAGCCAGGCCGCCGUCCCCUUCCUGGACGCGGUGCCCUUCGUGCCCUUUCUGAACGAAAAGUACAGCCCGCCGGGCAACAUCAUGGUGCGCCCCGCCGGCCCGGGCUUCGAGGUGCGCUGGGAGGAGCCGCCACGCAGGUUCCCGCAGAGCCCCAGCAGCCUGUGCUACGAGCUGGACGUGCAGAGGAAGGGUGGCGGCCGCAGGACAGAGCCCAUUUUCCAGCGUGGUCAGGAUCAAAACCGUUACGAGCUGGCCGAGGGCGAGGCGGGCAGCUUUGUGCGCCUGCGUGUCCGCCAUAUGCGGGGCACCAUCUGGAGCGAGUGGAGCGCGGCCGUGGGCUUCGGCCCAGACCGGGGCCAUGACGUCCUCGCGCUGGCCCGGGUGCUGUCGGCUGUGGGCCUCGCGGCUCUGUGCACCGUGGUGAUGAUGGUCGUCUGCAAAAAGUACUCGCUGCAACAGCGGCUCCUCCCGCCCAUCCCGCGGGUGAAGGACGAGCUGAAGGCCGCCGUCCAGCUGGAGCAGGAGGUCACCAUGAAGGAGGCCGAUCUCCCGGAGCCCCACGAUGUCCUGGUGGUGCAGGAGACGCAGUGACCCUCCCUGGAGCCCCACCGAGGCCUUCGCUUACCCUCCGCCCGCCGGGGCGAGGAGCACGGAGCUCUGGGACGGGCCGGAACGUCACCCCGGGAGGCUGAGGCAGGAGGGUGGCCCCUGGAGCCGGGGAUCAGUGACCCCGCGUGGCCCUGUUUUGGGGGGAAAAAUAAAGGCCUGGGCUGGGGCUCAGCGCAAAGCCCGGGGUUCCCUCCCCUUAGUAGAAGGAAAACGGACAGAAAGACAGAAGGACAGAAGGACGGGAGGGGGAGGGGAGACAAGAUUAAAACAGUAUUGUG